AUGGCCGACAGCGCCGGGAUCCAGCAGGGUUCGCCGGCCAUCGGGGCCGCGGGCUUGGUUCCGGCCGCUCCUGGAGCCGGGGGGACGGAGGGCUCCGGCGCCGCUGGAGGAUCCGCACGUAUCGCCGUGAAGAAGGCGCAACUCCGCUCCUCACCGCGGCCGAAGAAACUGGAAAAACUCGGCGUGUAUUCCUCCUGCAAAGCGGAAGGAGCCUGUAAGUGCAAUGGCUGGAAAAGUCAGAACCCCCCUCCCACUCCCCCCCGAACUGACCAGCAGUCCAACACAGUCAACCUGCAGGAGCCGUGUCGCAGCUGCUCUCACACUUUGGGUGAUCACGUGACCCAUCUAGAAAACGUGUCGGAGGAGGAAGUGAACAGGCUUCUCGGAAUCGUCCUGGACGUGGAGUAUCUCUACACGUGUGUUCACAAAGAGGAGGAUGCCGACACUAAGCAGGUCUACUUUUCACUCUUCAAACUGCUGAGGAAAUCCAUUCUACAAAUGGGUAAACCGACGUUAGAAGCACAGGAGAGUCCUCCGUUUGAGAAACCCAGUAUUGAGCAGGGGGUGAACAAUUUUGUCCAGUACAAGUUCAGCCACCUGCCGUCGAAGGAACGCCAAACAAUCAUGGAGCUUGCUAAGAUGUUCCUCAACCAAAUCAACUACUGGCAGCUGGAGACGCCCUCCCAGAGACGCCAGAGGGUUCCUACCGACGACGCCGCUGGAUACAAAGCCAACUACACCAGGUGGCUGUGCUACUGCAACGUGCCUCAGUUCUGCGACAGCCUGCCCCGGUACGAGACCACGCAGAUCUUCGGGCGGACGCUGCUGCGCUCGGUGUUCACCGUGAUGAGGAAACAACUGCUGGAGCAGGCCCGACAGGAGAAGGACAAGCUGCCACCUGAGAAACGCACACUCAUUCUCACACACUUUCCCAAGUUCUUGUCCAUGCUGGAGGAGGAGGUGUACAGCCACAGCUCUCCCAUCUGGAGCCAAGACUUCUUGGCAGGAGCGUCGGGGGGGCAGAUUCCUAUUCACACAGUGAUCAGCGCGCCCCCUGUGGCCAGGCCGUUGUACUACAGCACCAGUCCUGUGUCGGUGGACCCGACCACCUGUGGCAGUGUCAGUCCUGCCAGGAAAACUGUGUUGGAGUCAAUUCCAGUGGGAGAGAAGCGUAAACCCACCGAGCCCCUCCCCCAUGAGGAGACCAAGAGGCCGCGGGCGGUGGGUGACAUCCCCUUGGAGCUCAUCAAUGAGGUGAUGGCAACCAUCACCGACCCUGCUGCCAUUCCUGAGACCAGUCUGCUGUCAGCCCACUCUGCACGGGACGAAGCUGCCCGCCUGGAGGAGCGCAGGGGGGUGAUCGAGUUCCACGUCAUCGGCAACUCGUUAAACCAGAAGCCCAACAAGCGGAUCCUGAUGUGGCUCGUGGGCCUCCAGAACGUGUUCUCCCACCAGCUCCCCCGCAUGCCCAAGGAGUACAUCACGCGGCUGGUGUUCGAUCCGAAGCACAAGACCCUGUCGCUGAUCAAGGACGGACGCGUGAUCGGAGGGAUCUGCUUCCGCAUGUUUCCGUCGCAGGGCUUCACAGAGAUCGUGUUCUGUGCCGUGACCUCCAACGAGCAGGUCAAGGGAUAUGGAACCCAUCUGAUGAACCACCUGAAGGAAUAUCACAUCAAGCAUGAAAUCCUCAACUUCCUCACUUAUGCUGAUGAGUACGCCAUCGGCUACUUCAAGAAACAGGGUUUCUCAAAGGACAUCAAAGUUCCCAAGGCCAAGUAUGUGGGCUACAUCAAGGACUACGAGGGAGCCACCCUCAUGGGCUGUGAACUCAACCCCAGCAUCCCCUACACAGAGUUCUCCGUUAUCAUCAAGAAGCAGAAGGAGAUCAUUAAGAAACUGAUAGAGAGGAAACAGGCUGCGAUCAGAAAAGUCUAUCCCGGACUUUCCUGUUUUAAGGAAGGAGUUCGGCAGAUUCCAAUAGAAAGCAUUCCGGGCAUACGUGAAACUGGCUGGAAACCAGUGGGCAAAGGGCAAACAUCACUUCCUCCAAGUAUUGUAUUAUGGUAUUUUCAACACUGUUUUCUUUAUUAUACUUACAUUAUACUUAUAAUACCAUUAUUUGUUAUGAUUACUAUGGUGAUGGAAUGUUUUUGCCUUCUGCAUUUAUUCUCCUCCAGGAAGGAACUGAAGGACCCUGAUCAACUGUACAGCACUCUGAAGACCAUCCUUCAACAUGUGAAGAGUCACCCGAACGCCUGGCCGUUCAUGGAACCUGUGAAGAAAACAGAGGCACCUGGGUACUAUCAAGUGAUCCGCUUCCCCAUGGAUCUGAAGACAAUGAGCGAGCGCCUGAAGAGCAGGUACUACACCACGCGGAAGCUGUUCAUGGCCGACAUGCAGCGCAUCUUCACCAACUGUCGAGAGUACAACCCUCCGGAGAGCGAGUACUACAAGUGCGCCAACCUACUGGAGAAGUUCUUCUACACCAAGAUUAAAGAGGCAGGCCUCAUCGAGAAGUAGAACUGAGGGGGAAGGAGGAGGAAGGAGGAGGAAGGAGGAGGAGGAGAUUCUCUUCACCUCCACAAAGAAUGACACAAGGCCUCUGUGGUCCAGGUUCUAUGUGAUGCAGAUGACAGCCGUGUGUGAAGACAAGCCAGGAGCGGGACUACUGACUCCAGAGCUGUGGGGUUCCAGAGACAUAUUUUGAUGUAAAAGGUGCACACUGGUCUCAGAUCAGCACUCUUUAAUGUUUGAUGCAUGCAGGCAAAGAUCCUGAAUCGGUAGCUUAGACUGAUAUUUACACUGAAAGAUAGGCCGCGAGGGAUGGCCUCACUGACGCCCGAGAGACUGUCGCUGCCAUGAAACAUAACAAGGAAACGUGUGUCUUCAUAUUUCAUCACAUAUCCCAGGGUCCCGGGUGGAGAGAGGAGAGAGGGAGGUGUGAGAGGAAGACAUAUUGAACGGAGCAGGGAGCUUCUGUUUGUGUGGGAAGACUUUGAGAGGCAACACAGAGUGACGGCUGAUUGGAGAGUCCCCGCUCACCUUUCUAGCUUUGUCUCUCUCCGUCUCCGCUUUCUUUUCUUUCAUCCCUUCAUCUCCCUGCCUCCUCCUCCUCCUCCUCCUCCUCCUCCUCCUCUCAGUGGACUCAGGUAGAUAUGUCACAUCUACUGUGUGUUACAUCAUUACGCACAGGUGUUACCUUCGAGGGCUGUGACUGGGAGAUCAGAUUUUCCUGUCUGUGGAAUCGUGCGCGCCAUUAAUGAGGUCAAAGUUUGACUGUGAUGAGUUCGUCCUGCCAAAAGAGGAAUACAUACUUUAAAUUUGUACAGAUUUUAAUUAUUUUAAAGCACUUAUUCCCAUUGUAUAUUUGAAAUGUGUAUAUAACAUAUAUUUUCUGUUUCAAGAACUAAAACUAAAUAAUCUUUUUUGUAUAAGCCACCUAGGGCAGUGUGACUAUCGAAAUGCACUUUUAUUUUUCCAAGUAUUAGUAAACAUAAAAAUAAUCCUCUUCUCUUAAAAAAAAAAAUUGUUUGGCAUAUAAAUUACCGCUGAUUAAGGACUAAUUUAAGUAUCUAGAGUUUAUUCUUAUUUAUGUGCUGUAAUUUAAAAAGGAAACGCUUUAGACAAGGUUAAUUUAUUCUCUCUUUAUUUUUGCCCCUGCAGAUGGAGAUUGAUAACUUUAUACUUUGGAGAUAAAUGAGCAGAUUGUGCAAUACUAUGUAGUUUUGCUGUUUUGUAAAAAGGUGUUUGUACUUUUCAAACUUUAGGAAAAUACGUUUUGUACUAUGUCUGGAUAAAAAAAAUCUUCAUGCUCUUUCUACAACUGGUUUUAAUGACAUAGUAUUAGCCUAUUUUAUAGACUGAAUAAAAGAGGUGAGGCUAA